AUGCUCGUCGGGUCCGGGACCUUGCAGGGCUUCGACGGGCGCAACAGCACCGCCAACCAGCGCGGCACCGGGGGGUUACUCCAGCUGGCCCAGUACGUCGCCGGGCUGUCCGGUGGGUCCUGGGCCACUGCUGGGCUGAGCAUGAACAACUGGGCCACCACCCAGUCGCUCAAGGACUCGGUGUGGAAUCUGGAGUCCAACCUGCUCGUGCCUGAGGACGGCAAGGUCUCGUUCUAUGCCUCGAUCCUCGCUGCCGUGGCGGGCAAACGCACUGAGGGCUAUCAGACCAGUCUGACCGACUACUUUGGUCUGUCGAUCGCCACCAAGAUCCUCAACGGCUCGACGUACGGCAACAAGUACAGCGUCGAGUGGAGCGAUGUGCGCAACACGUCGAGCUUCACCAACGCCUCGAUGCCCUUCCCCCUCAUCAUCGCAGACGAACGGGAGCCGGGUGAACUCAUCAUCCCGCGCAACACCACCAUCUGGGAGUUCAGCCCAUACGAGUUUGGAUCCUGGAACCCCAACGUGUCGGCGUUUGUGCCCAUCGAGAUCGUCGGGUCCAGCUUGAACAACGGGUCGAGCGCGUUGCCGGAUGGGCAGUGUGUGGGCGGGUAUGAGACCGUGGCGUGGGUGACGGGAACGAGUGCGACCUUGUUCUCGGGCUUGUAUGUGGAGCUGGUGACGAGUUCAAGCGACAGUGUUAUCACGAAGGCACUCAAGGAGAUCGCCAAGGCCGUGUCGGACGAUCAGAACGACAUCUCGCUCGUGCCCAAUCCGUUCUACGGCUACCGCGGCGACGGCACUGUCCAGAUCAGCGACCUGCACAAUAUCACUCUGGUCGAUGGCGGGCUGGACAAUGAGAACGUGCCGCUGUGGACGCUGAUCGAGCCCGCUCGCGAUCUGGACGCGGUGAUUGCCAUCGACAGUUCGGCCGAUGUGACCAACUGGCCCAACGCGUCGGCGCUGUAUCAGACCUCGCUGCGCGCGCAGUACUCGGCGUACAGCGCCUACGCGUUCCCUCGGAUGCCCGAUACCAACACGGUGGUCAACCGCGGCCUCAACACGCGCCCCGUGUUCUACGGCUGCAACCCCACUGAGAACGUGACGAAUGCCGGCACGGCGUACAACGGCACGCGCACGCCCAUUGUGAUCUACAUGCCCAGCUAUCCCUACUCGGCGCUGGCCAACACGUCGACGUACAAGAUGGAGUACUCGAACAGCGAGGCACAGGGGGUGAUUGACAACUCGGUCGAUGUCGCGACGCUUGGGGGCGCGGAUAGCGAGUGGGCCACAUGUCUGGGGUGUGCGAUCCUGCAGCGUGGCUUCGAGCGCAGCGGCACACCGAGGCCAGAUGUGUGCACCCAGUGUCUCAACAAGUGGUGCUGGGACGGCGUCACCAACACCACCACGCCCUCGUACAGCUACAGCCCCGCCCUCGGUGUCCCCGCGUUCGUCACCAGCAACGGCACCGUCCAGCAAAUGCCCGCCUACACCGGCGGCAACGGCACCAACAGCCAGGCCAGCGACGCAGACACCCAGUCCGACAGCUCGUCCAAAAGCUCCAAUGCUGCUACUGCUGCCGCCGCCGCGGCGGUCAGCAAGGAGGGUACGAUGGUGCGAUACUGGAUCGCUGCGGUUGCUGUGGCUAUGGCCAUCUUGUAA